GACGGUAGACGCAGAGGCGCCGGCAGCGUAGAUGACGGCCACGUGACGGACGACCAUGCCCAAGGGCGGGAGCGCCAGGACGCCCCAGCAGGAAGACGGGCCCCUCAGCAGCGACAUGGUGGAGAAGCCGGCGGGGAGGAAGGACAGAGUUUCCCUGAGUAAGACCCCGAAGCCGGAGCGCAGCGAUGGCAGCAGGGAGGUGAGGGAGCGGGCGAGCAAGCGGAAGCUGCCCUUCACCGUGGGCGCCAAUGGAGAGCAGAAGGACUCGGACACAGAGAAGCAGGGUCCCGAGCGGAAGCGGAUCAAGAAGGAGCCGGUCGCCCGCAAGGCCGGGCUGCUCUUCGGGAUGGGGCUGUCGGGGAUCCGCGCCGGCUACCCCCUCUCCGAGCGCCAGCAGGUGGCGCUGCUCAUGCAGAUGACGGCCGAGGAGUCGGCCAACAGCCCAGUGGACACCACACCAAAGCACCCCUCCCAGGCGGCCGUGUGUCAGAAGGGGACGCCCAACUCCGCCUCCAAAACCAAAGACAAAGUGAACAAGCGGAACGAGCGCGGGGAGACGCGCCUGCACCGGGCGGCCAUCCGGGGGGACGCCCGGCGCAUCAAGGAGCUCAUCAGCGAGGGUGCAGACGUCAACGUCAAGGACUUCGCAGAGAGCUCCGAGGAGGAGGACGCGCCGUCGUUUGCCCCGUCCAGCUCCGUCGACGGCAACAACACAGACUCCGAGUUUGAGAAGGGCCUCAAGCACAAGGCCAAGGCCCCCGAGCCCCAGAAGGCCGCGGCGCCCGUCAAGGACGAGUACGAGUUUGACGAGGACGACGAGCAGGACAGGGUCCCCCCGGUGGACGACAAGCACCUGCUCAAGAAGGACUACAGGAAGGAGGCCAAGGCCAGCAGCUUCGUCUCCAUCCCCAAGGUGGACGUGAAGAGCUACACGAGAAACAACGCGGCCGCACCAAAGAAAGCUGCCCACCGCAUCCUGUCCGACAGCUCGGACGAGGAGGACCUGGGCGUGCCCCCGGGGGCCGGGGAGAAGCUGAGACUCCCUCACGCGCUGCUGCCCGGCGGCAAAGCACGGGAGCCCGCCGGCGCCAAGCUGCAGAAGGAGAAAACCAAGGUGAAGAAGAAGCGGAAGAAAGAAGCGAAAGGGAAGGAGGUGCGGUUCGGGAAGAGGAGCGACAAGUUCUCCUCGGAGUCGGACAGCGAGGGCCCGGACAGCGGCGCCGACGACGCGGACUCGGCGGGCAGCUCCGGCGGCCUCAGGGAGUCCCCGCUGGUGCUGAAGGACCCCUCCCUGUUCAGCCCCCUGUCCGCCGCCUCCACCUCGUCGCACGGGAGCUGCGCCGCCCAGAAGCACAACCCCGGCCUCCCGGACCCGCACGCCAAGCACUGGCGCACGGACAACUGGAAGACCAUCUCCUCGCCCGCCUGGUCCGAGGUCAGCUCCCUGUCGGACUCCACGCGGACACGGCUGACCAGCGAGUCCGACUGCCCCUCCGAGGGCUCCAGCGUGGAGUCGCUGAAGCCCGCGAGGAAGAGGCAGGAGCACAGGAAGAGGGCCGGCCUGCCCGAGAAGCGGGGCGCCGUCCACUCCAGCGUGGACGGCGCCAUCCCCAAGCUGGACAAGGAGGGCAAGGUCGUCAAGAAACACAAGAUGAAACACAAACACAAGAGCAAGGACAAGGGGCUGGGCCCCGUCGGCCAGGAGCUCAAGCUCAAGAGCUUCGGCUACGAGUACGAGGACGCCAAGCCCAGGCCCGACAAGGGCCUCCUGCUGGACAGCGAGCUGCCCGCCGAGAGCAAGCUGAGGGCGCUGAAGCACGACAGAGACCACUUCAGGAAGGAGGAGAAGCCCGGCAAGGCGAAGCCGGAGGACAAGGACUGGCUGUCCAGGGACGAGGUGGGCAAGGCCGGCCGGGACGAGAAGCCGCUGCGGAGAAGCCGGGACGCGGGCAGGGCCUUCCGGGAGGAGCGGGAGCGCGCCCUCAGGCCCGAGCGGGAGAAGCCCGCCAAGGAGAAGUCUCCCCGGGAGGAGCGGCUGCGGCUGUACCGGGAGGAGAGGAAGAGAAAGCCCAAAGACAGAGCCUCGAAGCUGGACAAGAAGAGUGACCUGAAGGAGGACCGCCCGUCCAAGGAGAAGGACAGGCUCAGGCGGGAGAAGGCCUUCCGGGACGAGCCCGCCUUCGACGAGUUCCGCGGGGCCGGCCCGUUCCUGGAGCCCGAGGACGCCAAGUUCGGCCUCUCCGACGACCAGCAGGACCGCUGGCUCUCGGACCUGUCGGACUCGUCCUUUGACUUCAGAGGCGAGGACAGCUGGGACUCGCCCGUGACGGACUACAGGGACAUCAAGGGCGACUCGGUGGCCAGGCUGAUCCUGGAGACGGUGAAGGAGGACAGCAAGGAACGCAAGCGCGAAGGCCGGGCCCGGGAGAAGCGGGAGCUCGGGGAGCGGCGGGGCGAGCGGGACGCCCUCUUCAGGAAGAAGGAGCGGGAGCUCCCGGACAGGAACCCCGAGAAGCGGCGGGAGCAGGCGGAGAAGCACAGGGGCCUGCCCGGCUGCCUCCCCGAGAAGGACCGGAAGCGCAGGGAGGGCGCCGAGGGCGGGCGCGACCGGAAGGAGGCCCUCGAGGCGGCCCGGGAGCGCAAGGACGGCAGGGCCAGGCCCGAGGAGGCCUUCAGGGAGGAGCCGCGGGAGCCGGGCGGCGACGGCCUCUUCCGGGACAGGCCCGACUGCGAGCCGGGCAAGGGCCCGGAGCCCUGGGAGCGGCACCGCCCGGCGCGCGAGCGGGAGAAGAGGGAGAAGAGCAAGGCGGAGAAGCACAGGGACAAGUCCAGCGACAAGGACAGGGCCGAGAAGGCCGGCCCGGACAAGGCCCCGAAGGACAAGGACGCCAAGGACAGGAAGGAGGCCAAGGACAAGCACAGAGACGCGCACGGCAGAGAGCGGGACAGGCGGGCCGGCCCGGAGGCGGCGCGCGAGCGGCGCGAGAAGGCUUUCGCCGGCGCCGACGACUUCUCGGAGAAGAAGGACGAGAAGAAGGGCAAGGAGAAGAGCUGGUACAUCGCGGACAUCUUCACGGACGAGAGCGAGGACGACAAGGAGGCCCUCUCGGCGGCCGGGCUCAAGGCGGCCGAGGCCGGGGAGGGGCCGCGGGCGGACGGCCUGUCCGAGCGGGAGGACGGCGACAGGCACCGGAAGGGCUCCGCCGACCGGCAGCACGCGGAGCGGCCCAAGGAGAAGGAGCCCAAGGAGCGCCGGAAGGACAAGGGGGCGGCCGAGGGGCGGGACCGGAAGGAGCGGGGCUGCGACAAGCACCGGGAGAAGCGGGACAAGGAGGCGGCCGAGAGGCACAAGGACCGGAAGGACCGGGCCGCGGCCGACGCCCCGCAGGAGAAGCGGGGCCGGCAGAAGCCCCCCGAGAAGGCGGAGCGCAAGGGCCCGGCCGAGGACAAGGCCAAGGGCCGGCACCGGGAGCACUGCCGGGAGCGCAGGGCCUCGCGGGCCGGGGAGCCGGAGCGCAGCCUGCUGGAGAGGCUGGAGGAGGCCGCGCUGCGGGAGGACCGCGAGGACUCCAACGACAAGGCCAGCGAGGCCUCCUCCGACAGCUUCCCCGACCGCGGCCCCGACCCCGCCCUGAGCGCGCUGCUCGAGGCCGCCUUCCCCGAGCCGCCCGACGAGCGGGGCCGGGAGCGGGAGCGGCUGCGGCACGCCUCGUCCUCCUCCAAGAAGAGCCACGAGCGGGAGCGCGCCCGCAGGGACCGGGCCGAGAAGAGGGACAAGGGCGAGGAGCACCGGGACCCCGGCGGCGGCAGGAGGGACCCCGGCCCCGGCCCGCACGAGAAGGACUUCCCGGACGCCGAGGCCUACGGCCUGGCCUACGGCGCCAAGGCCGAGCCGGACGAGGAGCUGGACAAGGCCGCCGAGCUGUUCGCGACCGACAGGAGGGAGAAGGGCGAGGCCGAGCGGGAGGCCGCCCGCAAGCCGGACAAGGAGCUCAAGCCCUACGGGGCCGGCGCCCUCGGGCUGCUGCGCGAGAAGCGGCGGCGGGAGGCCGGCGGGGUCUCGGAAACCCCCGGCCAGACGCCCACCCGGCCCCUGUGCACGGGCCUUUACCGGUCCGUGUCCGUGGACAGCAGGAGGACCCCCGAGGAGGAGUUCAGCGUCGGGGACAAGCUGUUCCGGCAGCAGAGCGUCCCGGCCCCGGCCAGCUACAGCUCCCCCGGGCCGCUCCUGGAGGACAAGGUCCCCGGGCCCCCGGGCGCCCCGGAGAAGUUCGCCUGCCUGUCCCCGGCGUGUUACUCGCCCGACUACGGCACCGCCUCCCCCAGGACGGACGCCCUGCACUGCCCAGCCCCCGCCGUGGUCACCGCCACGCCCUCCCCGGACGGCGCCUUCUCCACGCUGCCGGCCAAGUCCCCGCCCGCGCACAGAGACGCACUGUCGGCCCCGUCCAUGGAGGGCGCCCUCCCCCCCGACCUGGGCAUCCCCCUGGACGCCACGGAGGACCAGCAGGCCACCGCGGCCAUCAUCCCCCCCGAGCCCAGCUACCUGGAGCCCCUGGACGAGGGCCCCUUCAGCACCGUCAUCACAGAGGGGCCCGUGGAGUGGGCGCACCCUGCCGCCGAGCAGGCCCUCUCCUCUGGCCUGCUGGGGGGCGCCCCCGAGCACCCCGUCAGCUGGCCCGUGGGGCCGGACCUCCUGCUCAAGUCUCCUCAGCGGUUCCCCGAGUCCCCGAAACACUUCUGUGCCGAGGAGCCCCUCCACGCUGCUAUCCCGGGGCCCUUCGGGCCCACCGAGGCCCCUUACCCGGCCUCCCCCGUCUCCUACCCCCUGUCGGUCCCGGAGCCGGGGCUCGAGGACGUCAAGGACGACGCCGGGGUGGCGGCGGUCCCUGUCCCCAUCGCCGCCCCCGAGGAGCCCACCCCCUUCCCCGCCGCCGCCAGGCUGGAGUCCUUCUUCGGUGACUGCAAGCCGCUGCCCGAGGCGCCCCCCGACGCGCCCCCGGAGCCGGUGUGCGUGACCGCCGUGGCACAGGUGCCGGCUCUGGGGCCCCUGGAAAGCGGCUUCCUGGAGAACGGGCACGGCCUGGCCGCCCUGGGCCCCGUGGAGCCCGUGCCCUGGUCGGACGCCUUCGCCGGCCCUGAGGACGAGCUGGACCUGGGGCCCUUCUCCCUGCCUGACCUGCCUCUCCAGACCAAGGACGUCCCCGACGUGGGGGCAGAGCCCGGGGCAGGGAGUCCCCUCGGGCCCCCUGGCGGCGGCCAGCCCGAAGCUGCAGACGCGGAGCCCAAGGCCUCCCCGGAGGCCCCGAAGGCCCCCCGAGUGGAGGAGGUCCCCCAGCGCAUGACCCGCAACCGGGCCCAGAUGCUGGCCAACCAGCACAAGCAGAGCUCGCCGCCCCCGGAGAAGGAGCCGGCGCCCGCGCCCAGAGCCCGGGGCCGCGGCAGCGAGGAGGACGAGGCCCAGGCCCAGCACCCGCGCAAGCGCCGCCUGCAGCGCUCGGGCCAGCCGCUGCCCCCGCCGCUGCACACGUCCACGCAGCAGACGCGGGAGGUGAUCCAGCAGACGCUGGCCGCCAUCGUGGACGCCAUCAAGCUGGACGCCAUCGAGCCCUACCACAGCGACCGGUCGAACCCCUACUUCGAGUACCUGCAGAUCCGCAAGAAGAUCGAGGAGAAGCGGAAGAUCCUGUGCUACAUCACGCCGCAGGCGCCCCAGUGCUACGCGGAGUACGUCACCUACACGGGCUCCUACCUGCUGGACGGGAAGCCGCUCAGCAAGCUGCACAUCCCCGUGGGGGACGAGAACAAGUCUGUGCGGGACCGCUUCAACGCCCGCCAGUUCAUCUCCUGGCUGCAGGACGUGGACGACAAGUACGACCGCAUGAAGACCUGCCUGCUGAUGCGGCAGCAGCACGAGGCGGCCGCGCUCAACGCCGUGCAGAGGAUGGAGUGGCAGCUCAAGGUGCAGGAGCUCGACCCCGCCGGGCACAAGUCGCUGUGCGUGAACGAGGUGCCCUCCUUCUACGUGCCCAUGGUGGACGUCAACGACGACUUCGUGCUGCUGCCGGCCUGACCGCCCACGCCCCCAC